GAGCAGUACAUCCUGGGCUAUGGUGUGAGAUUGUAAGAUGUACUGGGCCCCUUGUCUGUCUCUGCUAUUCUAGAAGGAAUAGACCUCCUGGGACUCCAUCAUUCACCUGAGAGCCCAAUUCGGAAUGUUGUGGAGCGCAGGCUGAGAGAGAACCCAAGCCAGCAGUCAUGGCGGCCAAACCCAAGCUCUGGUACUUCCACGGCCGAGGCAGGAUGGAGUCUAUCCGCUGGCUGCUGGCUGCAGCUGGUGUGGAGUUUGAAGAAGAAUUUCUUGAAACAAGAGAACAAUACGAGAAGUUGCAGAAGGAUGGACGCCUGCUUUUCGGCCAGGUGCCUCUGGUUGAAAUUGAUGGAAUGGAGCUGACACAGACAAGAGCCAUCCUCAGCUACCUUGCUGCCAAGUACAACUUGCAUGGGAAGGACCCGAAGGAGACAGUCAGGAUCGACAUGUACGCUGACGGCACCCUGGACCUCAUGCUGAUGGUGGCACUGGCUGCGUUCAAACCCCUAGAGGAAAAAGAGGAGAGCCUGGCUUUAGUUGUGAAGAAAGCUAAAACCCGGUACUUCCCCGUAUUUGAAAAGAUUUUGAAAGAUCACGGAGAGGAUUUUCUCGUUGGCAACAAAUUCAGCUGGGCAGACAUACAGCUCCUGGAAGCUAUUUUAAUGGUGGAAGAACUUGAUGCUUCUGUUCUUUGCGACUUUCCUCUGCUAAAGGAAUUUAAGACAAGAAUCAGCAACAUUCCUACCAUUAAGAAGUUCCUGCAGCCUGGGAGUCAGAGGAAGCCGCCCCCGGAUAACCACUAUGUUGAGGUUGUCAGGAACGUCUUGCAGCUCUAAAGGCAGCAGUCUUGGGACGGCACACUAAUAAACCAAUUGCCGCACUGGCUCCUGUCGAAGCAAAGCGAAUGGUGUAGAUUCUAGGAGUAAUCUAAGUGUAGGUUCUAAGUAAUCUAAGCGUAGAUUCUAGGAGUAAUGUGUCCAAAAAGAACAAAACCAUAUUGCCAUCAGCAGCAAAUGCCAAGUAAAUGCAAUUAAAAAAAA